GAUGGCGUAUUAAUCUGAUAGAAAGCGCUAGUUUGAGUGGACUGGAACUGGCGGUUUGUCUUAUGGGUGGGAAGUGUGUCGCUUGACCUCACUGCUGUUGGAUGAGUGGAAGUGAUCGACAGCGGGGUGAACCAAUCGUACGCGUCAGGGGGUGGCUGGCGAUUCGGGCGCGCGUGUUUCGGUUAGGCUGGGCGCUGCCUCGCGCUGAAUGUGGAUGAUGCGGAGGCAACUCCGGCGAUGUGUUGGUGGUACCGAGCGAACUGUUUACACUUUGCGGCAAAACAACUCUCUUGGUCAAGAAGAGGUGGAGAGCGCCUUCAGAGAAUUCUCAACACAGAAGGUGGGAUCUUGGUAGGGACUGAAGGAUCAUCUUCAAGAAAUGCCUGGAAUACUCCUCAAAAAUGGAUGUAUCGUUCUUUGUUUGGGACCAAAGAAAAAGUUCAGAAAACAGCUCUGGAGGAUGACCAUUUUGCUCCUACCACAACAAGCAAAGAUUUGGGCAACUUCCUAGGAUUGGAGAAUUUAACAGAGUGUUCCACCUUAUCUGAACAAGUGGUGCUGAAAAAUAGUGACAGUGGCAGAGCCACCACUAGCACUUGCAGCAGUGAAUCUGAAACUGCGAGACUUCUUGCUGAAGAAUCCAAUCUAAAAUGGAACCCUCUUCUGAGGAAGGCAAAAGAGAACCUGAUGUCAAAUGCUGACACUCUGUUCUUUACUGUAAAGCAACCAAUUUCCCAAAUAGGAGGUCCAAGUCCCCAAAACCAUGAUGGGAAUGAGGAAGAAAUUUUUGAAUUAUCCUGUGAUGAACCUGAUGGUAUCUCAACAAACUCUGGAGAGGAUUACAGAGAAACUGUCACCUGUGAAGCUUGCUCAAAUGUGUUUUGGAAAGUAAUAAAUAGAAAGGAAACUAAGAAGAGACGUGCAUCACACAAGAAGCCACCAUAUGAUCCCAGCUCUUUAUCAUGUGACCAAUGGAUUUUGAAAAAGCCUUUGCUGCCUAGAAGUCAUGUACAGAAAAGCAAAAGGUUGGCUAAGGAAUGUCUAGUUCCUCCUUGCAAAAUAGAAAUUUGGUACCUGAAGAAAUCUGUUGACACAUCUACAUCUACUCGGAGUGAAAUUACUGGAAAAUGGGUUCCACGGUGUUCUCGGCCUCAUGUGUUUCUGCAGAGGAAUCUACGAUCUUGUAAGAGAAAAGUAGACGCAUUUCUGGCUGAGCAUAGAAAAAAGCAACCUCAAAGGACUAAGAAAAGAUCAAAGAAGAAACAGCUCUUCAUUUUCAAGCUUCCUGAAUCUCCAUCUUCCAUUGUAAUCUCAGAUAAUGAAACUUCAGAAGUAGAGAUUAGUACUGUCAAAAGAAAACUUACCUCAGCUGUCCUGAGCAGAGGAGACAGGACCAAAAAAAGCAGCUGUGAUUUUUCUGAUGACUCUAUUACAUAUGAAAGUGGAUUUUACAGCUCUGACUACAAGUCAGUACAGUUUGAAAAUAGCACCUCUACAAAUGUAGAUAAGUUUACAUUUGAUUUCAGGCCAUUGAAUUUUGUACCAGAUGGAACAGCUGCAUUUUCAACUUCUACUUCACUAUGUCCUGAAAAUCAGUUGUGCCCUCCAAAUGAAAAAGGGAGAAAGUGGGCAGGAUUACAAAGCAAAUCACAUUCUUUUGGUUGGUUAAAACCUAGUGGUUUUACUUCUAUGAUUGCAAAGCUGAAGGCUAGACCUUUGACUACAUCAGGUAGUGUUGUUAAUGAGACAUGAUGUGGCUGUUCCUUCAAACUUCCCUUCAAUUCACUACAAAGCUCCACACAAACCUGGAUAUGCACCAUAUGAGUUUGUUGUACUUUGCUAGAUUACUGACUAUUUUAAGCUUGCUAGUUUUAAUAAAUAAAUGUUUAAACAGUAACUGGCAAAGGAAAUAAUGCAAAAGUGACCAAUAUACCCAAAAAUAAGUGGUCAUAUUGCCUAUGACCUUACCAUUAAUUGUAAAUCCUGCCCUUGUUUUAUUUUACCAAAAUGCAGUACAGCUAUUUCUGCUAAAGUGAAUUGACUGUAACAUGAUUGUACAGCAGAAAGUUUAUGCUAGUCAUAGUUAUUUUUUUCAGCAACUUUGAUUUUCUAAUGGUGAUUUCUACAGCAUGAGGUCACACAAAUGCAACUAUCCAAAUUAGACUUUAUCUGUCACUUCAGCCCAUUGACCCAAUUGGUGAAGAUUUGUCAUUUAUGUAAAUGACAAGUGGACACAGUACUGAUCCCUGUCUGGGAAAACAACCCUCCACAAUCACUGUCAAGUGGAAAGUGUUACAUGUAUCAGAUCAAGGUCUGGGCAGAUAUAGUUGGGGUGAGUUAAGUGGCUAACUGUUCAGGAGGAAACGUUUCUUUAUUUGAAGAGCAGAACAAGCAUUUCUGACAUCGGAUCCCAGAGGACUCUCCCUUCUAGCAGCCAUAGUUCUGGGGAAUUCUUGUGUAUAACCCUCACCUGGCCUGGAGUGACAACAUUUUGGGCAAAGCAAAAUCUAGUGCAUUUUUUAAAUAGUAGAAUAUCAAUCCUAUUAAGAAACAAGUUUAACACUUCCAGCUGAAUUCCACAGUACCAGUAAGUUUCUAGGGGUAGUGAGCAUAAAAGAAACUUUACAUGUGCUACUAAGAUAAUGUUUCCUCCUUUGAACCAGAUGGUUCUAGAGAGUUUCUUUCCACUUUUAAAUCUUUCACAGUAGUUACUGUGUCAUUUCUAUUAGGGAUCUCAUGCUCUGGUUAAAAAGUGCUUGCUAUAAAUAGGCCAAGGAACUUGAUUUUGUCCUAGCGUUAAAUCAACCAAACAGUCUGCCAGCCAUUAGCAACUGUUUCUCUUGAUUGCUUAAGCCCGAUAUUCUAAAUUGACUUGAACCCGUAUCAAAUUUCCUCUUUGCUUCUCAUAACUGUUGUUUCAAGUCUAUCCACAAUUAAUCCCUUAUCCCCAGAGCUAUUCCCAGUAGAGAGAGGAUGAAAUCAGUGAGUCAAAUACAAAGGACUGUUUUUUUCAAAAUCUUGACUAAAGGUCUAUAGGGAGAUAAGAUUCUGCCUUGAGAUACCAAUUGAGUCAUAGUCUUACAGCAAGACAACAGACCCAUUGAUCUAACUGAUUCAAGCUGAAGAAGAUUCCUAAACUACACUUAUCCCAUUUCUCUAAAGCUAUAUACUUCCUAAUGUGCAGUUCCAAGAAUUGGCUGAAAUUAUAUUUAUGUAGUUGUGGCUUUUAUACUUAAUCAGCUCAACGCUGAGUAGAAGUAUUCUUAAACAUUGCAGGAUUGAUUACUAUACAUAAACCCUGAGACACUGGCCUAAUUCUGUUCCAACAUUCAAUGGUGGUUAAUGUUUCUCGACCAUACACUUUUGCCUUCUCCCUUCUCCCUAUAAUUAUCUGUUGAAAAAAACCUUUCAGUGGGCUUCUGCCAAGAUAAAUACAGGAUCCCAGAGGAUACCUGUCAAAUCAACUCCAGGACAUCUCUGUAGGAGUUCCUCACCUACUUCAACAAAUCUUACCUCUAUCAAAGGUUCAGCACCGUUUGACUUUUCAGAUACUGAAGUAGUCCAUGUUCAAAUGCAACAAGGCUUGGGAUGUCAACUACAAAGUAACUUUGAGGCUAGGCAAUGACUAUCUCCACAGAGACAAUCUACCCACUUUUUGACAUUCAAUGGCAUUGCCCUCACUGAAUCCCCGCUGUCAACAUUCUAGGGAUUACCACUGCCCAGAAAUUCAACUGGACUCAUUAUACAAACAUGGUGGCUACAACAGUAGGUCAGCGGCUAGAAAAACAGCAGCACGUUACUCACCUCCUGACUCCCCAAAACCUGUCUAACAUCUACAAUGUACAAGUUAAAAGGUGUGAUGGGAUACUCUUCACCUGUCUGGAUGAGUGCAGCUCCAACAACACUCAAGAAGCAUGGUACCAUAUUGCCCACUUGGUAGCUGCAGUAUGUGUCAUCUCCAAGAUUCAGCACAGAAAUUCACCAAAAAUCCUUAGGCAGCACCUAACAGGAAUA